AUGUUGAGGGUAUUACAUACCUACGGGCCAACAUGCCUGUUAUACGACCCUGAAAAUCACCCAGCAACAAGAUCAGAUUUCAGCGCUUCGAUAACGCCUCCUAAGAUCCGCGCGCAAUUUUUCUACCUCUCCUCUUUCCCAAUAGACGACCCUCUGACUCCUCUGCCUGCUCCUGCGACUUCGGGUUCCUCACAAGCUAACUUUCCUCCUCGACCCUUCUCGGUACUGGAUAAUAUUGCACUUGAAGAGGCAUGGCAGGGACUUAGAAGCUCAGAGGAAGAUGCAGAUGCCAAAGCCGCUCAUAAGAGUGGCGCCAUUGCGGAGGAGAUAGGGAGAAAUUGGAGGUUGGAUGUUAACAGGCUCAUCUCAGAGGCGUUGAGCGCUGUUCGCAACUUCAAAAAUGUCUCAGCAGACAUAGACCUAACUCCAAUUGGGCAACGCCACGAUUCCGCUUCGGUAUUUGCUCUCCUUGAACAUUAUGCUACGGAAUGUGGAGGUUCUAAGAUUGAUGAAGCAGGGAAAAGGAAACUUGUGGUGUCGACCCUCAGAGAUGUAAUUGAGCAAGUUAGCCAGCAUUCUGAGAGCGACUGGAGGAAUGAUUUACGAUUUAUCAUAAUGGCGCUAUUCAGCGCUGCGGGCAACGAAAAUCCAAAUCCAGAUACAGAAUCUCUUACAAAGGUUACUGAUCAAGUUUCUCUCCAAGGCCAGGAACAGCAUGAGGAUACAGGUGUUUCAACACCAAUUCAAGUGCCAAGGAAGUCACCUGGCGUAGAUACUUACAGAAAAUCGGCUGGACAAGCUGUUACUCCCGAUCGAAGCUUCAAUAGCCCCAACUCAUUACAACGACAUAGUCCUCGAACCGGUCACGCUUCGAAAGCUUCCAGGCGGAAAAGCAUCUCUUCCCAGGGUGGUGAUGAUGCCUAUGGAUCAUACUCUUCUCAGACCGGCAGGUCGAUUCCUUCAACGUCCUUACAUUCUGGGGAUACAAAUAUCACUGGAUCUCCUUUCAUCAGGGCCCCCACCACCCCAAGGAAAGCCUCGCAUCCCAUGGGUGGGAUGAUGAAAUUGCCGCAAGGCAGUGAUACACCUUCAUCUAGUUCUAAAAUUGAACCUGCAGGUAGUCCAUCGAGACCCUCGGUAAGGCGGCUCUCAGCAUCCCAACCAGAAGUUUCUCCAGUGGAUUGCCAAAAGGAGCCUGAUGCUAUUAUACCAGUUGGUAUUUCGAGACUGCAUUCUGUGGAGCUCCCAAAUUUAGAGAUGAAACCUAUAUAUUGGAAUCCUAUUCACGAUGUAUCGUCAGUCAUUCGAGCUACGUGGUUUUAUAAGAACACCAUGCUUCCCGUUGAACCUGAAAUUGCAAACCAACUUGAAGCUGGUUAUAUGUAUAUGCGACCCUGGAAUGAGACCUGGCAGGAUGAGCUGAAUAGUUGUAUAGAAAAUGGAGCGGAGGCUGAGAUGAAGAUUGUGCAUCGAAUCUGGCCAAAUGAAGAAGAGGCAAAGGAACCCAAUGCUGCGGAUGCUGGAAGGGAGCUGGGUUCAUCACAACGCUUGUCAAUUCAAAAGGCGGCUGAGACAUUGGGGCCAUCGAUAGGUCAUGAGAAUCAGGCUGCAGGAUCCAUGACACCACCGGAUGCUCCCAGACUAUUCAAGAAUUCAAGCGUGAUAUAUGUUGAUUACAAAAAUGCCCAAAUCCUGAGGCCGAACCUGUUACCUUCUGCUUCAAGGGGACGACGUCCUCUAAGUGCAAUUCGUAAGGGAAGACAGAUAGGGAUUCCUGUUGUUAGAGGGUUUGAUGCCCAGGCUUGGGAUAGGCUUCACCCAGUUAAAGUUCCCGCAACCAGUGGCAGGAGGAUCGUGAGGAUGCACCAAAGUUCCGAAAGAGAGAUGUUUAAUCGGCGCCCAAUAUGCUAUGCCUGCCAAAUGGAAGACAAAAGACCCAUUGUUUCUGAUUUGGUGUUGGUUGUUCACGGCAUCGGUCAAAAAUUAUCCGAACGGGUCGAGAGUUACCAUUUCACACACGCUAUUAACGCGUUUCGAAGGCAAGUCAAUAUUGAACUCAACAGUGAUGCCGUUUGGCCUCAUAUGCGUCCUGAUCUCGAAGGCAUUAUGGUUCUACCUGUCAAUUGGCGGUCGACUUUGUCCCUUGAAGAUGCCGAUGUCGAAGCUUCAGUAUUGGAUGACCCAGCUAGGAACAAGUUCGGGUUGAAAGACAUUACUCCUGAAACUAUCCCUGCCAUAAGAACCUUAAUCAGUGAUGUUAUGCUUGAUAUACCUUACUACCUGUCGCAGCACAAACAGAAAAUGGUCCAAGCAGUGAUCAGAGAAGCAAAUCGAAUAUAUCGCCUUUGGUGUCAGAACAACCCAGACUUUCGAAGAACCGGCAAAGUGCACAUGAUUGCGCAUUCCCUGGGUAGUAUCAUGGCGAUGGAUAUCUUAAGCCAGCAGCCUACCCAUAUACCGUGGAUUGAUUUUGAACUCACGAAAAUUAGUCAAACCAUGUUUGAAUUUGAUACCAGUAAUGUUUUCUUCUGUGGAAGUCCAGCUGGCUUCUUUUUGCUGUUGAAUAAAUCAACACUCCUUCCUCGGCGAAACCGACAUAAGCCAGGGACAUAUGGUGAAGACCAAGAGCCAGGUAUUGUAGGGGAUGCAGGCACUUACGGCUGCCUUGCAGUGGACAAUCUAUAUAACGUUAUGCAUGAUACCGACCCAAUCGCCUACCGACUUAACGCAGCCGUUGACAGCGAUCUCGCCAACUCUCUCAAACCAGCCUCGGUUCCCAGUUCUACCACAAGCCUCCUACAAACCUUGGGCAGCGUUUUUCGCUGGACGUCCACCAAGGCCCCCAUACAGAGCACCAUAGAUCUAUCCGCCUCGUCCCUCUUGCAACAAAACCAGAGCCCCGCUAGCAUCGCCAAACUACCCUCCAACAUCGAGAUGGAAACGCACGACUUCUCCCGCGAGGAACUGGCCGAGAAGCGCAUGUUCCUCCUCAAUGACAACGGUCAAAUCGAUUUCUAUAUUAGUGGUGGGGGCGGACCGUUGAAUAUUCAGUAUCUGAAUAUGUUGACUGCCCAUAGUAGUUAUUGGGUAUUGCAAGACUUCGUGAGGUUUUUGGUUGUGGAGAUUGGGAGGAAAAGGGGGAGGGAAGGGACGCUGUUAGCGUUAAGAGCGGAGAAAAAGAAGGGGUGGAAGAGGGCUAAGGGGAUGUGA